CGCAACGCUCGGAUAGAAAUAGAGACGAGAGCCCCCCUGCAUUGCUCAGAACCCAACGCCACCCGCCGCCCACUUCCCGCCUGCCGAAUCGCCGAUCACCUCCAGCACUGCUUCGUCCUGGCCCUUGCCAAUUGCUACCUUGAAUCUGAGGCCCGCCGGCACCCACCCUCUCGUCCUCCGUCUGGCCACCGAGGCUUGCCGCACCCUGGAGUGGGCUUCGUCCGUUGGUCCGAUUAGCGGUUAUGCACAUGUUCUGUUCGAUGAAACGCCUAGCAAGGUUGUCAUUGCCCUACAGAUGCACUUGUGGACUUUGAUGAAGCUCCGUGUAUUCUAAGGAUUGGAGUUCCAACGUACAGACAAAUGGCAUCGAUCAUAUUCGGUCCAGGAAACCUGCACGCCCUCUCUGUGCGGCUGAGAAUAUUAGCUGGGAGUUGGACAUUUCAGUAUGGUCCCUUUAUCUGUGGUGUGCAGCGGAGGUGGAAGAAGCCAGUAGAUUCAGCAAGAACCCGUCUGGAGAGCAGAACAAGGGAUCAUAGGCUGGACAAGCUAAUGGUUCAACUGAGAAACUUGAAGCUGGCCUUGGCUGCAUGUGAGUUGAUAUCUCAGCAGAGGAACGGAUAUGCUUCUCUUCAACUUCUUUCAAAGUGGAGACAUGAGGUCGGAUUGAACAUUGAGAUUGGCGCUUUCCUCAAGAAAUAUCCCCACAUUUUCCAGAUUUACAUGCACCCUGUGAAGAGAAACCAUUGCUGCAAGAUCACACAAAAGAUGACCGACUUGAUUGCAGAGGAAGAGGCCAUGAUCAGGGAGAAUGAGACCAACAUAGUUCAGCGGCUGAAGAAACUUCUCAUGCUCUCUACAAAUGGAACUCUGAAUAUGCACGCAUUAUGGCUAGUAAGAAGGGAACUUGGGCUGCCUGAUGAUUACAGGUCUUCCAUGCUACCGAAGUAUCCACAUGAUUUAUAUCUUGAAUCCCCUGAUACUCUGUCACUUGUCUCUCGGGAUGACGAAUUAGCUGUGGCUAAGAUUGAAGAAUGGAGGAAGAAAGAGUACACUGAAAAAUGGCUAGCUGAAUCGGAGACAAGAUACGCUUUUCCGAUCAACUUCCCUACUGGAUUUACGAUUGAGAAAGGCUUUAGGGAAAAACUGAAGAACUGGCAGAGGCUUCCCUACACCAAGCCUUAUGAGAAGAAUGAUUUGCAUCCGAUACACAAUGUGGACCGGAUUGAGAAACGUAUUGUUGGUAUUCUUCAUGAACUGUUAAGCCUUACGGUGGAAAAGAUGAUACCACUUGAGAGACUGUCGCACUUCAGACGAGUUUUUGCUAUGGAAGUAAACUUGAGGGAGCUUCUUCUUAAGUACCCAGGAAUUUUCUACAUCUCGACCAAGGGAAGUGCACAGACAGUCAUUCUAAGGGAGAGUUACAGUAAAGGCUGCCUGGUUGAGCCCAAUCCUGUAUACGAUGUGCGACGAAAAAUGCUAGAUCUGAUUUUGCCUGGAUGUCGUAAUAUUGGUGAACCGGAAUCUGCAGCUUGGUUUUCUGAGGAGUAUGAUCAGGGAAGCUGUCAUGAGUUGCAGAACAACAUAUGCCUGGUGGAUACUGCCAAUACCAUACUUGAACUUGAAACUGACAGUGACUCUACAGAAAGAAGUGUAUUACGGUCUAUGGAAGAGCUCCCGUACCAACAUUUCUAUGACUCACAAGAAAAGAGUGGAUAAGCAAUUAAGCAGACUGCAGACUUCAACGGGAAUGUAGGUAUAGUUUGGGCCUCUUGGUUACUGGACGCGGAUGGUAUCAACAGGCACCGUUCUCGCAGUAUCUUCAUUUGAUCUUGCUCUAGAAUGGAUCUUCCAAUUCGUGGCUGACAUGUGAAGCAUUAACGCAAAAUGAACAUCUGCAAUAGAGGCAGGUAACUGCAUAAAGCAAAAUGUGAUUCUGCCACCGUUUAUGAAUGCAACUGGAACUGGAAGUAGCUGCACGGUUUUCUUAUUCUUCUUGCGGACUAAUUCACGGACCUCCUCAGUCAGUGCCCAAACAGUAACGACACUGGAAUUGGUCGGAUGGGAGGGUUGUUACGAUCCAGAUAUAUGCACAUCAUUUUCCAUCGAAACAAGUGAAAAUAGUAGUCAAAUUUAUUCCGCUCAACUCCAGUUAGUCAUUAAGGAUUAAAAUGGUGCAAGACUCUUGAAGCAUUAAACAUACUUAUCCCGUACUCCAUGGAACGAACAGUUACAGUUCCUGCUGCUCCUUCGAAUGAUUAUUGUUUGAACUAAAAUCCUUCAAAUAAUUGAAUGAUGUGAUUAUCAUUAGCAUAA